AUGGCAGCCUCCUUGUCCCAACAUCCAAGACGCAGCCCCAGAGCAGCAACACCCCAGACCCUGCCUCAAGAACGACCUGCCUCGCCCCAAUCAUCCUACCGCUCCUUCACAUCAUCCGAAAGGUCAAGUGAGCUGUCUACCGCCCUUAUCCUCGCAAGAGCCGACGACGCCCCUUCAUCCUACCAUCGUGGAUCGACCAGGGAGCCGCAGCGACCAAGGGCCGGCAACGGUGGAAGCAGCUGGAGCUGCUCUCGGACACGACAAGGAGAAAAGGCCCACGGCGGCGGAGAGGCAUCGCCGCCACCCGCCAUGACCUAUUCUCCCCCGUCGCCGCCAGCCUCCAUGCUCUCAGUCGACACGUACGACUCUCGAUUCUCCGAGUGCGGCCUGGACCAUGGCGUCGCUCACGGCUACAACGCCAGCUCUGCUCCGGACGAUUCCAACCCUGUCCGCUGCCAACCGCCGGCCCAGCAUGAUGCCAUUCCGAAAUAUCUUCCAGAGUACCGUCCUGGACCUGCAGAGUCCCCCGUCAGGCCUUCCGACCCCGACCUGUUCCGUCACUUGUUCCCCUCCAUGGAUCGUCUAUCCAUUCGUCACGACGACGGUACACCAGAUGGCAACAUGAAUCUCCGCGUGGAUACUGUUGUGCGACCUGGCUCGAGCAGGCGCCGCCGACCCGCCACCAUUCAACUGUUUCACCUCCGCAUGCACGACUUGGCCAAUCGCGAGUUUUCCCUUCGCCGGUACUGCCGCGAGUCUGGCAGAGAGGUGUGCUUUUCGAAGCGCACGUACAACCCCGCCUCGGCCACUCACCAUUCGGUGUCAUCUAUCCUGCGUUCCGUCAAGGCGCCUUUUAGGCGCUCCAACGCAUCGGAUUCGUCCUGUCUGUCGUUCAAGACUUGCUCCUCGUCCGCACCACGGCCGUCCACUGCCAGCACCACGGCAGCCAAGUCGGCCGUCUCUUCAUCGGGCGGCACAGAUGUGUCUGAUGGCUCCUGGGCGCGGGCCCCGGCAGUCCCGCCGCCGUCGGUGCCUCUCGUUCCGACAGAGACCAUCAAGCUCGAGUUUGGAAACUACGCCCGGGUCGAGGUUUCUCGUCGCAACCCGAAGCGCUACGAGUUUGAAUGGUGGGGCCACCGGUACGCAUGGAAGCGAGCACAUGACAAGACGCUCAACACUUUUUCGUUCCAUCUCGUGCGGGACGGAGUAAACCGGCCGGUUGCCCAUGUUGUGCAGGAGACGCAAAGUCCUAGCCAGAUUGAGGAGGAGAAGCUGGCAGGCGGAUGGAUUCCACCUUGCUACAUGUGGAUAAGCGAUGAAUCUGUUAUUGAAGCCAUGACGGAUGUGGCGGACAUCAUUGUCGCUACAGGGCUCGUGGUCCUGGUUGACGAAUGCAUCCGCGAGCAAUGGCCGUCUGAUAAAAAGCCCACCUACGGGUCGGCCCCGCUCCGGGUCGGCCCCGUGAUUCGCCGUGGCUUGUUUAGCCGCCACGGACAGUCUUCCGGCAAGCCUUUUCGCCUAGGCAAGGCGGUUGCCGUUUAUUAA